AAUUUCUUGUCAACACUCUAUAUUAAUAGAAACACAACAGUGACUGACUCUAAAAGAGAAUAUCGAUAUCAUGAUAUUCAAAGCUCUUUUGUUCUUAGCAUUAACGUUGGUUAUCGCCACAGUUGGAAAAGAGAGGAACCGUAGAGGAACAGUAGAGGAACCUAUGACUACAAAGGAAACACCAAAUGCUGGGAUAACCUGUCUAAAUGGACAACCAAAGUUGAACCAAAUGUGUAGUAACAGAGGAUGGCGGAUACCAUGUCCAAAUACAUACACUUGCUCAAAAAAAGAUAACUUCACAUGCUGCCAGAUGAACAUAAAUGGAUGCCUUGAUCCAUAUUUGGAUAAAGAAGGAAUUCCUUUUAAAUGUAGAGGCGGUGGAAGCAUUCCGUGCCCUGAUGGAUACAGGUGUGUGACACACAAAGCAAACAUAUUUUCAAUAUGCUGUAGGUACAUAACAUGUACUUAUAAGGAUAUUAUUCAUCCCCAAGAAGCUGGUCAAUGGUAUCGAGACCCGGAGGAUAAACUGGACUACUAUAAAUGUACUAAAUGUGAGUGUAUGAGUCAAGAUAACACCAAAUGUAGCACUGAUGUUAUAUGUCUAGCAAAGAGGGUAUGUAAGGAAGGGGAAUAUGGUCCAGGUCCCUUAAUGCUGCCACAAGAAGAUGGCAAAUGCAAGAAAUGCACAUGUGCCAAUGGAAAACUGGAGUGUGAAUUGUGUCAGUUGAAUUGUGAAGAUAAAGAAAUGUGCAAAAAGUGCAAAUCUAAAGAGAUGUGGACACUCUCACCUUGCGGAAAUAGAAAGAAGUGUACAACUGGUCUUGAACUUGAGUUGAAAAGUUUCAAAGAAGACUCCGCCAUAUGUCGAUUUAAGUGGAAAAAUGUCCAGGGAUUAUGGAAGAAUGGUCAGGUAAUAGAACUGGUAGAGGUGGGGAGUAGAGUGAUUAAACAAAUGUGGAGGGAUAUCAGAAAGCUGUCUAAGUGUGCAGAUGAUCUUUGUCUCAAUGUCUAAAGUUAUGAGAUAGUACACGCAUAAUAUUCAAGGAAAAUACAAGGCUGAAUUAGAGAAAGAAAAUGUUUAAUAAAUUAUAAAAUGUAAAUAGUCCAAAAA